AUGUUCAUUCUGCAUGAGUAUGAAAGAGUAUCUAGACAGAAGAUUAAUGCUGACAAGAGCUGUUACUACAUACACAAGAAAGUGGCUGAUGGGUUGAGUCAAGAGGUGCAACAAAUUACAGGCUUCACUAAAGGAGACUCCCCAUUCACAUAUUUGGGAUGUCCCAUUUUUCAUGCAAGAAGACAGAAGAUUUUCUAUAAAGAUAUACUAAAGAAAGUUAGAGACAAACUACAGGCUUGGAAAGGCAAAUUACUUUCUUUUGGUGGGAAGGCUGUGCUGAUUUCCUGCGUUUUACAAAGUAUACCAGUUUAUUUGUUAUCUGCUAUGGUACCACCAAAAUGUGUCAUCAAAGAGCCUCACAAGCUGUUCAAUAGAUUUUUCUGGCAAACAAAACAUGAAGGUACAAGUAAACACUGGUCUGCAUGGGAAAAUUUAUGCUAUCCAAAGAAUGAAAGAGGAUUAGGAUUUAGAUCUCUUUAUGACAUCUCAAAAGCAUUGUUUGCCAAGAUUUGGUGGAGAUUUAGGACCAGCGGUACUUUAUGGUCCAAAUUCAUGUGGAACAAAUACUGCAAGAGAUUUAGACCAACUGUGUCUAAACUUGGAGCUUUCCAUGAGUUGUUACCACACCAGGAGCAGAAUAAUGAGAUAGGAGAUGAUCUAGAAGAUUUGAUGGACAGUAGUCAUUGGAAUUAUGCCAAAAUGCAAGAUAUAUCUAAUGAAAUAGAUAAUCAAUGGUGGAUACACACAAGUUCUGGGAAAUUUACAGUUAAGAGUGCAUGGGAGAGGUUGAGACAAAGAAAACAAAGAUCACAGGUUUAUAAGAACUUCUGGUUAAAAGGUUUACCAUACAAAAUAUCUAUGUUCUUAUGGAGAGUAUGGUUUUGGAAGCUACCUAUAAAUGAAGUUCUGCAGAAAAUGAGAAUCAAUAUAGUCUCAAGAUGUUGGAGCUGUCAUGUACAAAAAGAAAUAAUGGAUCAUGUGUUCAUCACAAGGCCAUUUGCUAGAAGAAUAUGGAGCUAUUUCCCAACAGCUGCAGGGAUAAUGGGCCCUUUCAUACAGAUCAAACAGACAGUUUUGUUAUGGUGGAGCUUUAACCCUCUGGCAAGAUUGAAAGCAUUAUAUCAGGCCAUUCCUGCCUUGGUUAUGUGGCAAUUGUGGAAAGAUAGGAACACAAGAAGACAUGGAGGCUCAGUUUCUUAUGUUAAGGUGAAGUGGAAGUUUCCUAGAAAUGGACACUUUAAAUGCAACACUGAUCGUGUAUCAAGAGGAAAUCUAGGUCCCAGUUCUGCAGCAUUUUGUGUAAGAAAUAGUUCAGGAGAUUUCUUAUAUGCCAUGGAAAGGGUGUUACCAGAUACAACAAAUCUUGUUGCUGAGGCUGUGGCCAUCGAGGAAGGCAUUAAGUAUUGUAUUUCACAUGAUUUGUUUCCAUUAAUUAUAGAAACAGAUUCAUUAACAACGCAGAAGAUUUUGGAUGGUAUAUGGGAUGCGCCUUGGAGUAUAUCUUUGACAGUUAGGAACAUUCAAAGGUGGAGGAAGGACAGGGAUGUCAUAGUGAAGCAUGUAUUAAGAGAAGGGAGCUGUGCGGAAGAUUUUUUCACUAACUUAGUUUUUGAUUUUGCGGGUACAAUUCAAUAUGAUCAUUUUUAG